AUGGGUGGGCUCAUCGCCGGGCUCGUCAUUCACAUGCAUCUCGUAAUAAUCUUGAUCCUGGAGCACAUCCUCAUUGACCGACUGAGUGAUGGUCCUCGUGAUUCUCCACUGAGUGCGAUCGUGGAAGGUGAAGAUGGUGACUCGAGGGUCGGGAAGAAUGAGAUAUCCGACCCCUUGAGGACAAUACCAUGUGAAACUACUCCUAUUCCUGCAACGGAUGUGGUGCAUGUUUAUGAGAGCACACUCAUCCAAAAGAUUUUUGCUGUCAACAGGCUGGUAUUCAUCUGGGAGCUCGAUGUCAAGACCGCGAGCCAAAAGUGUGACAAAUCCCCCAAUGCAAAUAUCACCGGACACUUUGGAUCUCAUAUGUGCACAUUCGUUAAAAAAGAACUAAGCAAAGUCCGUGAUUGGUGGGUUUGUGCAACGUGUCAUACACCAAAGGAAGAAGAGCUCAUUUUUUGUGACCUGGCCUACUUCUUUGCGGGCAAAAGCUGUACAUACCAAGAUGCGAUGGGCAAUGCGGAGGCACUGGUGAACGAUAGAGGUUGCUUUAUCCCGACCGACACACGAAAAGAUACCCCCAGUGAUUUCCAUCCAAAAGGUCUCAUGAUUGAAUUCAGCAGGUAG